AUGCCGUGCUCCCGCUGCUGGCGCGCGAAGCCUCAAGGGCGUUGUGUUAUGAAGGAGGGGUCGAGUAGCUAUUCGAAUUGCGUUCGAGUGGGUAAACCGUGUGAUGGGCCAAACGUGGCGGAUUCUUGUAGGUGCUUGGUUCUGUAUUAUGGUCUCUCUUACUGA